CUAAGGUGAAGAUGGGCUGCUAUAGGGGAUGUGCGUUUAGGAAUGCACACGCUGUCAGUCUGCUUACGUCUGCAACGAGUCCGCAGACGAAAUUGCAAAUAGCCUACUGGAGCGGAGUCAGUUGAUAGAGGUGGAGAAAAGGGCAGACAUAUAAAUGUAGAAAAAAAACGACGUAUAGAAAAUUCGGAGGCUACUCGGUCAGGCGGGCAGAUAUGUUGACUCGACCAUCGAAAAAAACGACGUCACAUCGUGUUGAACGAGACGCGCAUUAUAUAAUCUUUAUAAACCUGCCUCGUUGCAUCCGUUUUUUUUUUAUCAACCAAUGGCCUCUUCUGGACAACUAUGCAUAUGAAUAUAAAUGCAAAUAUCUGGUAGCGCACUGCUUGAACCGAAAUGUCUGUGUUUAUUUGUGCUGUUGUUAUUUUUAGCCUAAGCCAUCCAUGUUUCAUCUGAUGGUUCCGAAAAGGCGCAUAAUUUAAUAGCAUUACAUUAUUUUAUUUGUGAAUGGGGUUUAUCCCUCUGUUUUUUGGAGACGAACAUUUUAUAACGUCGCAAUGAACUGCACCAUGGAUUUCAAUCAGAUUUCUUAGGGUAUAGUGCCGGUUUAAUCGGUGGAAAGAGGGAAACGCUGUUCAUGUAAACAAGAGCCGACAAUCCUCUCAGAUCCGCCCCAUUUAUUUAUUAUAUCUUUCAGUAUUUCUUGACACAUCUGGAAAAGUGUUUUUUUCUACCGUUCUUCCAUGAAGACGGCAAUGUCAUCAUCAACAUCCCGGCGUGGUUUUGUUGUUGUCUGAUUUUACUACUGGAUAUCGGCAGUUACCCCUGCGCCAAGCCAUACAUCAGCAUUUCUAUAAGGUGACUCAAGCUUGGUCUGCAGUGACAUCCAUCAUCUUCACCCUAUUGGUCUUCUAUACCAUGAGCUCUGGCUCCGCCCAGGAUGUGGCGGUGGAGCAUUUCUUGCGUGACAUAGAGAGGAGGGGCAAGCGGCUACAUUGCGCUGUGAUUGGCUGCGAGGAGGAGCAGUGUCCCCGCGGCGACAUGAACCUGCUGUAUCGUAAGAGCCGGCUGGACUGGAGGCACAAGGACCAGGAAGGCAAUAAGAAGAGCUCUAGCCAGAAGGACCCCUCCUCAGCCACGGUGGGCAAGGUCCGUGACCUGGCGUCCUUCCGACGCCACUUCCGCAUGGGCUUCAUGACCAUGCCUGCCUCCCAGGAUCUGUCCCCUCACUCCUGUGCCUCCGCCAUGGCCCCCCGCUCCCAGUCCUGCCACGCCGUGGGCGCUGGAGACACAGGUCUGGAGAACGGGGAGGAUUACUCUGACACCCAGUCACAGCACGGCGGGCGCUGCCCCCCUACCAAACCCAAACGACACCCCAGCACCCGCCUCAGCUCCUCCUCCUCAGACCCCAGAGCACCUCACGUCCUCCCGGACACCCCUCCACCGCCCCUACCCACUCACUCGCAGGCCAAACACUCUGAGAAGAAGAAUGCAAUGAAGAAGUCGGACUCGGGGGACAUGUCCAAGAAGGUGCCACCUCUGAAGCCCAAACGAAGUCCCAGCACUCAGCUCUCGUUUGAUCCCCCACCGGCCCGCGUGCCCCCUCCUGCCACGCCCCUGCCUUUUCAGGGGGGUGAGGGUAAGCCCCAGGGUGAGGAGGGGGAUGAUGAGCCUGUCUACAUAGAGAUGGUGGGCCAGGUGUUCACCAGGGAGAGCCAGACUGCCACCCCUCACCCUGUCACUCCCGUCGCCACCACACCCGACUCAGACUCAGACCAAAACGAGGCCAUCUAUGAGGAGAUGAAGUACCCGUUGCCAGAGGACAGAGAGGGACACAAACGUGUCCCUCUCAAACACGAGAGACUCAAAUCCUCCAAACACCACUCCUCUGGCAUCUCUGCCCCUCUACCUCGCCCCUCCUCCUCUUCCCCCUCCUGUUCCAAACCUAAAGCCACAGUGUCCAUCUCCCACUCCUCGCCCCUCCCCUCCUCCACCACCCCUGUCCCCCAGCCACUCUCCUCCAGCCCGCAACCCCCACGGGCCCCUACCCCCUAUCUCCUCCAGGGAAACAAAUCAGAGACAGAGUCCACCAGUAAGAUCCCGGCCCCCUUCCCCAACCUGCUGCAGCACCGGCCUCCGCUGCUUGCCUUCCCCCAGCCAGCUGCUGCCUCCAGCGGGGUCGGGGUCCAACACAAAGCUGUUGCUGCCAAACUGGGAACCAUCAGCAUCCAGACCUCCUCCAGUAUGACAACUCCAUCCAGCACCUCCUCUGCCUCUACCACCCCCUCAUCCAAUCUCCCAAUGCUCCUGUCAGGCUGUAAGGAGUCUAAGGAAAGAGACAAGCAGAGCAGAGACAAAGACAGAGACAGAGACAGAGACAGAGACAGAGACAGCCAGCUCGACCCUGCACCGGGUCUAAGGGCCAGGAGCCACUCCACACCGCUGCCCCCUUCCUCCAAGUCCACCUCCCCUUACUCCCACCAGCACCACCACCCCCACCACCGCCCCUCACACUACCACCACUACCGCAAGCCAGAUAGAGGAGACUCUCCCAACCCCAACACCAACAACAAGAAUGGCUCAGAAACCUCCUCCAAGUCCACUGCCCAGACCCAGACCCAGGGCUCUGGCAAGGAGGGCAAGUCUGUGAGCUUCUGCUUGAAGUCAGACAAAGGAGACAGGGACAGGGACAGAGAGAGGGACAGGGACAGAGAGAGGGAAAGAGACAGUCACAGGGACAAUCACAGAGACAGGGACAGUGACAGAGAGAGACACAGGGAGAGAGACAGAGAGCGAGACCGUGACAGAGACAGAGACAGAGAAACAGGGUCCCACUCUACCUCAUCUCAGGCUGAGAGCACUCCCACCACCAACAGCCAUUCAUCCCAGACCAGCACCAGUUCAAACCCAACCCAGUCCUCCUCCUCCACCUCCUCCCACUCUCGCCCUCACUCUCGUCCCCACCUCCAACGCUCCCACACCCCUCAUGGCCUGCCUGCCUACAAGCCCCCCUCCUCAGACAGCCCCCUGCUCUGGACCUACCCCUCGGUGGGCUUCCGGAGACCCCCGGCAUACGACAGCCUGCGAGGAGGGUCUCAUCUGCCCUCCUUGCACCACCAGGGUCACGGGGAUGUGGCCUCCAAAAGCAGCACGGUGCCUGGGCCCGUCCAGGGGAAGGCUGCGUUCAUGCCCUGGGACAGCAGUGGCUUUGGAGACGACGGGUCCUACUGGCCCGUGCAGAGGAAACUCUCCUUCAGUCACAGCAGCCGAGAGACAGCAAGAGAAAAGGAUGAAGGGCGUGCAUGGAAUGGUAGUGCCGAUGCCCUCCUGAGGGUGGACAAGGAGGAGCUGGUCCCAGGGCAUCGAGGAGGAGGAGGCCACUCUGGGAUCCCAGUACGCUUCACUGGAGGGAGGGGGCUGGGCCACAGUGAGUCCCUGGCCGGGAUGGAGGAGGGGUUCUUGGGGUUCCGAGCCCUGCCUAGAGGGGGUCUCCCUCUCCCCUGCCAAACCUUCCCAGCCUAUCGCAAUGGAGAACUGGGUCGAUUCGGCCGCUCAUCAUCCACCUCUGGGGUGAGGCAGGUGGGUGGAUGCGACGUUCAGAGGCAGAGCAGCCUGCCUCAUCGAGAGGCACUGAGUCAGUUGCAUGGGCUGUCCCACUCCUCCCAGACACCCUGCAGUCCCAGUCUGUCUAGACAGCAGCAGCAGCUCCAACUCCAUCAGCAGCAGCUGCAGUUACAGCAGCAGCUCCAGCAGCUGCAGCAGCAGCACCACCUCCAGCUGCAGUUCCAGCACCUGGCUCAGCUAGCCCAGGGACAGCCUCCCAACACCGGGGGCGCCGCCGCAUCCGCAGCCCAGACCCAGAGGGAUGGCAAGCUGCUGGAGGUCAUCGAGAGGAAGCGCUGCCUAUGCAAAGAGAUCAAGGCCCAGCGGCGCCCGGACAAGAGCCUGUGUAAGCAGGACAGCAUGCCUAUCCUGCCCAGCUGGAGACGGACCCCUGAACCCCGCAAGACGGGCACACCUCCCUGCCAGAGGCCCCAGGCUGUGGUGUGGGACACUGCCAUCUGAGGGGGGGCCGGGUGGGGCAGGAGAGGUACAGUAGAAAGAUAGGGGCAAGUACUAUGUACUAAAUAAGUACUAUUGGGCACUAUUGUGGUGAGACACAAGAAGUUUACAAGUGGAGAGAGAUGGUGGGAAUCACUUUCUACAAAGGGUGGAGGACUGUUUUCUCUCUUAGGAGUGACAGUGUGAUUACCGCCGACCACAGAAGAGAGAGAAUAUGCAUGAGAGUAAGAUGAGAGUUUUGUGCUCUCAUAUGGUAAGAUAAACUUCAUGUGGAGCUGAUACAAGGUCGUCAAGGUUACUGAGAUGUUUAGAGGUGUGUGGGCCAGAGAAAUAAUGAACAACUGAAUCAUAAACAUGAUUUAAAGUAUGACUUUGUAGAGAUGGAAAAAGAUGGGGAAGAUUCAGUUGAGGGAUAUACCAAUACAACAUUAAACCAAGAAGAGACAUACAAUCAGUCAGUACUGUGUGAUAUUUUACACUUUAAAUGUGAUUUCUUACCCUUUAAAUGUAGUAUUCUAAAAGCCCUUCCUUGACUCUUUAUUAAUUUAUUAAACUAGUCGACUCAGCCUUCGCUGAUAUAAAAUAAAAGGGGAGUAUUUAUACUAUAAGAGGGAGUAUUUAUACUAUAAGAGGGAGUAUUUAUACUAUAAGAGGGAGUAUUUAUACUAUAGGAUGGAGUAUUUAUUCUAUAAGAGGGAGUAUUUAUACUAUAAGAGCAACACUGGUUCAAUUCAUUUGGCCUAAUUUUCCCUAAAUUAAAGUAACUGUCCAGUGUUUUCAGAAUACUAUGAAAUAUGACCAAUAACUACUUACAUUAUGAGUGAAAUGGUUUUCCUUCCAACAUUUUAUAAUUAAGUAUGUUAAAAAUCAGCUUUUCUGUGUUGGAAUGGUGUGGGCGUACCAGAACAACAGAAUGGUGUGGGCGUACCAGAACAACAGAAUGGUGUGGGCGUACCAGAACAACAGAAUGGUGUGGGCGUACCAGAACAACAGAAUGGUGUGGGCGUACCAGAACAACAGAAUGGUGUGGGCGUACCAGAACAACAGAAUGGUGUGGGCGUACCAGAACAACAGAAUGGUGUGGGCGUAUACUGGUGAUUAAAAAUAUGAAUGUGAGUAGGCCACUCAGGAGUAUGAGGAAAUAGCAUGCAUUUUUGAAACCUCUGAGAUACAAGUUUAAGUCGUUUUUCUCCAAUGUAUACUUUGGCCACAAAUACGAGUAAGGACAAGUCAACAACAUUAUUUGGUAUGAGUUAACAGAAUAUGAACUUUUGAUGUGAGAUUUUCACUGAACAGUUACUUUAAGUACAGUUUACAUCAACUCAUGGUUGACAUGAAAGCUCUCUUCCUCAAAUGUCAUGGACAUUGGGAGGGAGAGUUUGAAUGAGACUUAUUAAGGUUGAUCCUCAACAAGAUACAUUUUAUACACACUUGUGUUCAAGCAUAUAGACAUAAACUUGGUUUCCAUCCAAUUGACGACAGAUUUACAUGCGAAUAUUCUCAAAUCCACAUAAAUACAAAAUGUGCAUUUUCCCACCAGAGAUGUGUUUCCAUUAAAUUAACUUGUUGCACAUAAAAGGCUGUGAGUGAUGAAUUAGUGCACAUAAAAUAAAUGUUGCUGUUAAAUUCCUAUGUACUGCAUAAAAAAUACUUUUUCAAGUCUACUGGUGGUUUUCGAACAGAAUAUGUUGCUUUAUAUUUUUUACAUUUUAGUCAUUUAGCAGACGCUCUUAUCCAGAGCGACUUACAGUAGUGAAGGCAUACAUUUCAUUUCAUGCAUUUUUUUGGUACUUGUACUGGGCCCCCAUGGGAAUUGAACCCACAACCCUGGCGUUGCAAACACCAUGCUCUACCAACUGAGCCACAUAGCGAGUGUGCACACUCUGAUAUUGAUGAAAGAUUAUCAUGGACAAAAGAGCAAGAUUAUGUGUAUUUGUCAAACGGCAGCCAAGCAUCGAUGAUCAUGUCACCAGAAUAAGACCAUCGAUAUUUAUUGGAAAGGAACAUCAAGCUCAUCACCGUGCACUUUACCACACAACUUCAUCAUCAUUUAUUUCAUCUGUAGCCUUAUAAACUGCAUGCUUUCCCGACGAGUCCUAGUGGGAGGACCACACAACUUGCCAUAGCGUGACUUCAAAUUUACUUCGAUAUGAUGGUUAUAAUAUUAAUAUUUGCGCAUAAAAGCAUUUCCACCAAUAUUUCUCGCAUAAUUAAUUUUACAGACACAAAAAGAUCCCACCUUCUCUAGUAUAUUUUCUUUUGUCAACGUUUGAAAAGUUUACCAAAAAAUGUUUUGUUUCCAUCAGGCCUGCCAUCACAUUUUUUGUACUUUACUCGCAAAAAAGUUUGGAUGGAAACCUGGUUACAGACAUUUAAAACACACUUCUCUCUAGCCUUUUCUAAAAAUGAGAUGGGAUAAGGGAUUCUUACUAUUAUAGAAACAUUGAAACAUGUUGAGUGCAUAUGAGAUGGAUUGGUUUGCCUUGUUGUUUGGGUAGAAGUAGAUUGUUAUUGUGGAGAUGAAGUAAUCAUGAUUGAAGAGGGAAAUACCACCUAACUGUUUGCAUAUUUAUAAUGUAAAUAUACAGACUUUCUCAAAGUUUCUGCAAUUUUAUAGCAAUAUGUUCCCAAUGUGGGAGUAACGAUGUUAAAGCGUGUCAGCCGGCCAAAACAUAUCUCAGACUUGAACUCAAAGUCACAGUUAACGUGUCAUAUCCUGCAUGUCAUUGAUCAGACAUACAGUACUGCUUAAAACCAUGUCAAUUAAUUGUGCGGAGAUGGUCAUGUGAGAUGUUAACAUUAUUCUUGAAGAUGCCAUUAUAUAACUACAUACAACUUGAAAAGUCCUGCUGAAAUGUUAAAUUGUGGUUGUUUAAAAAGAUUAAAGUGUUGCUGGGGGAAUCAUUUAAAAAUACAUUAUGACAGAUGGCAUAUUCUGUACACUCAAAUGCAAUACAAAAGGACACAGAUUAAUUGUACAAAAACAUCACCAGUAAAAAAAACACCACUGGUCAUGUGGACUCACUGUUGCAUUUUGCUGAUCAAAACAAAGCACGGACACGCCUAUCAACACAGACAGUAGAAGAAGCUGCAGAUGAUAGGGCAGUGUAACAUCAUCACACACAUCACACUCUCAAACAGAAUGCUGGAAGAACCUGCAGAAAAACAUAGCAUACGCUUACGAGAAACAAAACCCCUAUAUACUACUGUAAAUAGAUGUACAACUGUAUUGAAAAUGUAGCAAUUGUUUCCACUUUCAUACUUGUAAUCAAUAAAUAUAAUGUAGCAUAUAAUGUAUAAACCUACAUUUGUUCAAUUGUUUAAAAAAAAGAAUUAGUUACUUUAUCUGUUGCAAUUGGUCUACACACACAUUACUGUAUGAUUCCACCAAUAAAUGACAAGCCAUCAAGA